CUUUGUGCAUCAAAACAAACAAAGAGAGUAUAGAGGGUUAUUAUUCUAUAUAUUUCUUUGUAUCCUAGCAGCAGUAGUUAAUUCGGAGGUUUAUUUUGAUAUAAUGCAUCGUUUUCGGAAAGUGAACUAGGAGUUCCAGUGGACAGAAAUGUCGUUUUUAACAAAACUGAUGCUUAUUGCUUGCUGUCAGAGCUUUACCUUCGGGUCUCAGCAAGAAGGACGGUUGAUGGAAGACCUCUUCAAGGACUACAACAGCAGGGCGAGGCCUGUGCAUAAUGUGACAAAUGCUGUGCAGCUUGUAUUUGAUAUUGCAUUGAAGCAAAUUCUUGACGUGGAUGAAAGAAAUCAAAUCAUAACAACGAAUGUGUGGGUUCGCCAGUACUGGUCUGAUGAAUUCCUAAGAUGGAACACUUCACAAUAUGGCGGCAUUACGGCAAUCAGAGUUGAUGCAACUUCAAUUUGGAGGCCUGAUCUUCGACUCUACAACACUGCCCAAGAAAACUUUAAAGGUAUAGAUAUCGAAAGCAAAACAAAAGCAACUAUAUACUCCGAUGGUUCAGUUGUCUGGUUGAGUCCUCAUGUGCUAAAAAGUGUUUGCAAGAUGGACAUCACAUACUUUCCAUUUGAUGAUCAGUAUUGCGUUAUGGUUUUCGCUUCAUGGGCCUAUCAUGGUACACAUGUCAACAUCACAAACAAGUUACCGGCUGGUGACCUGAGCAGCUAUUCCGCAAGCGGAGAAUUCCAGUUACUAAGCUUCAAUGUCGAAAGAAAAGUGAAGAGAUACGACUGCUGCCCAGAGCCGUACCCAGAACUGACAUACACAUUGCAUUUACGACGCCGUGCCAGGUUCUUCCUCAUGAAUACAAUUGUACCAAGCACUUUGAUCUCCUUCUUGGCAUUUCUGUCCUUCAGCCUUCCACCAGAUUCCGGAGAACGCAUUGGCCUAGUCAUCACAACACUGCUAUCGCUGGCUGUAUUCAUGAUGAUCAUAUCCGACCAGAUACCACCAACAUCAGAGGUUUUUCCACUGCUACAGAAGUUCUUAACUGCUGUGAUGUUUGAAAUUGGCUUUGCACUUAUGGCCAAUUGUGUCGUCAUCUCCUGGGCAUCUCGUGAAGGUCCACCUUCUCCUUUUCUUAAGAAAAUUCUCAACUUUCAGUUCUUUAAGAAGGCCCUGAAGGAUCGCAAUAAUGUCAAAAUUACAAGUGUAAAUGGGGAAGGAGAUAAAGGAACUGGUCAAGCAAACAACGGAUAUCAAAAGGAAUCCAAUCAAAGAAACCCUGCAAAAAAAGAGAAUGAAAAUGAUUGGGAAAGAAAGGUUUUGAAACAUCUUCAAAUAAUCUCUGAAUCUAAAGCUGUUAAGAAGAAACAACAAGCGUACAAAGACGAAUGGAAAUUGGCGGGUGCUACUUUGGAUCGCCUCUGCAUUGUUUUGUUCCUUGUCACAAUAGUUGCAACUCUUGGAUUUGUCUUCGAUGCUGCACCCCGUAUAACUCUUUAGCUCUCAGAGAAGAUAGAUUGCAAAGAAAAAAAUAUUACUGAUCAGAAACGAUUCAACAUGAUAACUUUGGGUCAAGAAAUUGGCUCACCAUUCCUAAAUUAAAUUUGCCGGUGCUUCAAGAUGACUUGCUAUGUUUUUAGAGUUAAACCAGGCCUUUUCUCAUUCUUUGUUUUGUAACAGACACAAAAACCACCUUAAAAGAUAACCUUCAAAGCCAGAAAAAACCCUGAUAAUUCUCAAGACCAAAAGACCACAAUCAUGAUCGACAAACAAACGACUUAAAACACCAACAAGAUAAGACGAAAGAUUGUGUGUUGUUAUCUUCCAUGAUGUUUGUAGCUUGCUUUCCUGCGCUCUUGGUUACCCCUAGGUAACAAAGAUAAGGAAGCUGAAAUAGCUUUUUACGCGUCAGUGAUUCAGCCUUCCCUUAAGCAGAACAAACCCACUGUGAAUGGACUGAAAACAAUCUAUAUUCCUAGAACAUAAAUAUAAAACAUUAUCUAGAACAUAAAUAGCCUCUACACAUAUCUAAAAGUCUGAUGCACUGUUAAGUUAAAAGUAUGCAAUCCAUGUAAACAAAAUUAUUUCAAGUGGUGUAAGUUUGCAUCCACAUGAUAAUCUUAGAUCCGUUGCUAACCUCCAACGCUCAUUAAGAUUAUUUGUGGAAGCAAUAUGUAUUAAUAAGGAAAAUAAAAAUGGGUCAGAACACAGCAGAAAAAAAAGGAAAAUCAAAUGCAGAAGAAUGUUGUUAGGUAAGACUUUUGGUUGUUAGGUAAGACUUGUGUAUAGG